ACUCGUAUAUUUACUCAAAAGUCAAAACUAAUUCCCCAAAUAGUUCAAACAGAUGAGGUAAAUCUGGCAAAACAAUUAUUGGAAGCGACACAGGAAAAUGUAUUUAUCUACAGACCGUUCUUAUUUAUUUUACCUCUGAAUUUAUACGAAACUGUACCUUAUAAGGUCGGCAUAAGGGUGAAAAAAAUAGCUUCGUGCUGAUAGUCAAAUAUUGACGAAGGUCGCGGCCGGCGGGUUAUCAUACAGUUUAUAUACCGAGACUGUCUGCUAGCGAGCCAUAACUCAACCAUAUCUAGCGAUCUAGACAUCUGUCGAGAAAAAUAAAAUGAAGACUGUUAUGAUUGUUCUUCUGGCCGUUGUGGCCAUGGCCAGCGCUCAAGGAGUGAACGUCGUUGACAACAGCAACCCUGGACAUGUGAACGUCGUUGACAACAGCAACCCUGGACAUGUCAACGUUGUCGACAACAACCCUUUAGGAGAUCUCAUACUAGACAGGAAUCCCUCUCAAGUCAAUGUCGUUGACCACAACCCACAAGGUAACGGCGGAUUUGCGGUAGACCAAGCUUUCUACAGACCAGUUAACCCAAGCGGUAGCGGCUACCAGCAAAUCAGCAAUGGACCAGCUCUGGUGAACCCGGGGCAGUACCAGCAGCAACCAGGCGCGUACCCCGUACGCCCCACCAAACCCGGGACCCACCCUGGUGCUCGCGGAGGUCGUUAAACAUGCAUUUAUAAAUUCUAAUAAUUGUAAACAUAAAUAAACUUGUAAUUCAUUGAA